AUGCCCACACCCUGCCAGCAUUUGUGCGGCUGCCGCCGGGGCCCAGGCAUGGAGCGGGGGAAAUGGUACGGCGUCCGUUCCUACCUGCACCUUUUCUAUGAGGACUGCACUGGAGCGAAUCUGGAUGGCGAACUGGAUCUGCCCCCAACAUCUCCAGCCAGCAGCGGCUGGUCCUCUGUCCUCUGGAAGGUGACCCUCUCCGCUGGGACCCUGCUGCUGCUCAUCGGGGCCUCGGCUUUGGCCACGGGGUACCUCCUGCCCCCCAAGCUGGAAGGGAUCGGCGAGGCAGAGUUUGUGGUGCUCGACCAGCAGGCCGUGGAAUACAACCACGCCUUGGGGAUCUGCCAGGCCGUGGGUGCGGUGCUAUGUGCCAUGGCCGGGGCUCUGCUGACCGCCUGCCUUCUGUCCUCGGGGCUGCGCAGCUUGAACAGAGGCGGCAAGCGGGGGCAGGACAGCGAAGACCAGGAAGAGCAGCUGUCCCCCAUCUUGCGGGAGGGCUCCUCUGGGCAGUGCCAGGGCGCCAUCGUCACAGCAGCUCCCGUGCCCUUCAGAGACCCCUGGGUGCAGAGCAUUCAGCCUAAGAGAGAGCCGUAA